GAGGCGCUGUCUCUGGACGCUCGUGAUUGUUUAACCUAAACCUCGAGAACGUUCAAAAUCGUCAUUCAAACGUUCGUCAAGCUCGUCGUUUUGGAAUUGUUGUUUGGACCGAAAAUGAAUAAAAAACCUUGGGGUCGUAAGCCGGCAGAUGAUGAUGAUGAUGAUGCAUCUGUUGAUUUUGAUGGUGAAGAUUCAGGAAGUGAUUAUGAUGAAAACGAAAAACUUCUUCUAGAGAAAACACGAAAAGAACUGGCAUCUGGACCUUAUGAUUCUGAUGAGGAGAGCGAAGAAGAAGUAUUUCCACUGCGUAAUAAAUUAGAUCAAUAUGAAGACAGUGAAGAAGAAGAAGAAGAAGAAGAAGAUGAUGAAGAAGAAAGUGAUGAUGAUUAUAAAGAAAAUGUUGAACAGCAUUCUAAUGUCAAUGAAGGAAAUCAUUUUAGUGAUAGUGAUAUAGAAGGCGCCGAGAGCGGUUCAGAUGAUUUACCAAAUGAUAAAGCUUGGGGUCAAUUACGAAAUUCAUUUUAUAAUACAGAUUAUUUGGACAAGGAUCAUGGGGGUUUUGAGGGGGAAGAAGAUGAAGAAACUGCUAAAAUGGAAGAAGAAGAAGCUCGUAGAAUCCAUCAAAGAAUGAUGUCAGAAUUAGAAAAUGUUAACCUUGAUAAUGAACUCUUUAUUGGAACUAAAGAAACAGAAAAUGUGAAAGGAGUUGACACUACUGACUUAACACAAUUGAUGACUAUCAAAAAAGAUUUAAGUUCCAUGAGUAAUCGUGAAAAACAAAAAUUAUUAAUGAAGGAAUCUCCUGAACUAUUUGGAUUGAUUACAGAUUUUAAAACUCAUAUGAAAAUUGUACAAGAUAAAUUAUAUCCUUUUUUAAAAUUUAGCAAACUUCAAAAUUUACCCAGGUGUAACUUUACAGAAUAUGUACAAUGUUACUAUGAAAUUGUUAUGAACUACUGUACCAACAUUGUAUUUUAUUUUCUUCUGAAAGCUGUACGCAAAUUAGUUAAAAUUCAUCCACUGAUGAAUACCUUACUUCGAUACCGUCAAAUGUUAUGUGAACAAGAUGAAUGUUUUAAAACAACAAUUUUACCUCAAAUCAAUAAAGUAUUGUCAACUUUCGAUUUAUCUAACUUUAAUGCAAAGAAAAAUAAAUCGAAGAAAUUACUCAACCUUAUCAAUAAACCAAUUCAGCAGCAAGUAAAACAAGUCAACUCUAACAAAAAUAUAGCAGAAAGUGUAAAUGACAAGAAACUAAAUGAACUUCAUAGUAGUGAAGAUGAUGAUGAAGAUGAAUCAAAAGUUACAGAUGAAGUUAUGGAGACAAAUGAUGAAAAACGUGGAAUCACGUAUCAAAUAGCCAAAAACAAAGGACUAACACCUCGGCGUAAGAAAGAACUUCGAAAUCCUAGAGUUAAAAAUCGAAUGAAAUACCGUAAAGCAAAAAUCCGUAGGAAGGGACAGAUACGGGAGCCACGUAAAGAAAUGCGUCGUUAUGAUGGAGAAAUAUCUGGUAUUAAAGUUAACCUUUCAAAGAGCAUUAAGAUUAAGGCUUAGUUGUCACAUUAUUUUUUAUUUUAUAAUGAUUAAUUUAAUACAAAAAUAUAUAACGAA